AUGAGUCCCCAGUCCUCGGUCGCACCGCCUGAUCCUGAUGGAAAACCAAUACAUCCGUCCCCUGCCUCUGUACAGUCAUCCCCCAAUGGACUGUGCCUACCGAUUCCACCCCCAUUAUCCCCGACGCCAGCGGAGAAUGAUGCCGAUAUAAGCUCCUGCCAGCCUGAGACGCCCCCCCCCAUUCGACCAAUCAAAUCUGGACCAGGGGAAAUUCCGCGUACGGGGAUGAUCCCCCCUAGAAAGGAAGCGAUAACUCCAUGGUUAGCCCAGACCGGAUGGCUUCGAUAUCUGGAGGGACGGCUCCUUCAAACGCUUGUUAAGCUCCGGGGCCAUCCCAACACCCUUCAGCAAGAUCCUACAAUUGCGAGUGUCUGGCAGGCUGAGAAGAGCAGCUAUUAUACUACCAUUCUCCACAUGAUCGGGGCCUCGUUUGACCGCAUCAUGGCCCGGGCGUUAGACACACUGGACAUUACCCACGAGUCGAUCCGCCAGAUCUUCCAUAGCACUAUUGCCGGUAAGCCAUAUAAGCGAGCGUUAGACCGGCUACAGCCAGCUACCGAGAAAAGAUACAUCAAGAUAUGGAAGCACUUUUUAUAUUGGUCCUUCCGGGCCGCCCCGUUUUCAGGUAACAGACAGCUCCAAGAUCUCGGGAUCCCGCUGGAUCUAUGCCAAAAGGAGUACUUCCAUCGGAUCUGGACGACGUUGGAACGUUUUCUCUGCCAGCCGGACGCCGUUAAAUUUACGCAAGCAGUACCGCCACCGGUAAUUACUACGGCAUCUCCUGAGCCGCCAGUAACAUCUUAUAGCCUACCAGCUCGGCAAAGAAAACGAUCGCUAUCAGUAUCCUCCUGCGACCCAGUUGAUGCCGAGGAGAGGCCUGUUAUAAAAAGGCAGGUGACCCGAUACCAGACCAUGAUCGCAGUUUGCAUCCCUGUCUACCGCCGGCCAAGCGUAGCGGAUCAUUUAGUGGAGCUUUCCCCGGACUCUUACAUUCCGCCGUCAUUUCCGCAAAAUCAGGGUGCCCCACAGGGCCGUCAGCAGCACAGGGUUAAAAUAAAUGACCAGUUCCCAGCAACCGACCAUGAGGAAAGCCCCGAGGAAGCCUUCCUCAGGUAUUCCGCUAGCGAGGUCAGCAGUGUAUCUAGCGACAAUAAGCAGGACAUAGAACAAGAUAAGGAUGAGGAAGAGGAAUACCUCCUACCUCCAACAGUGGAAUCUGCCCAAUGCUUCUCUCAUACCGAUAAUACAGGGCGGCUGGCUCCACCGGCCCUCCCACCUGCGGGACAGAGAUGGCUCGACGAAAGUCUAUUCAGUUUCUGCCUGAGCUGUCUUACGACGACUAGCAUCCAACAUACCGGCGAUAAAUUUGCGGCUAAUCUGAUGGCGUUUACGGCCGUACUUAGUAUUCAGGCCUCCACCCUCACCUUCCAGGAGCCAUACUCGUAUUCUUCCUCGCUCUCCGCCCUGAUCUGGGUCAGCCGAGUCCUGCUACUCGAAUAUGCACUCCCUCUCCGGCGGUACCACUAUCUGCAGGACAUUCGGCCCCGGCAUGAGGUCCGGAAUCAGUACCAACGGGCCCAGGCGAUCCAAGCCCGAUACGCCGUCCGUGGGAGUCUCUACCCCCUUCACGCCAUUCUCGAGCUGCUCGAUCGGGCCCAUUACCAGACUCUAUUCUACCGCGGGUCUCCCCGGGGGAUUCAUCUUGACGAUAUCCGUGGGUGGAUUGAGACCCUCCUCCAGUCGGUAACCCAGACGCUUGAGCACGGACUUUUCCUCGGCGUUUAUCCUUCCAUCGAUCUUACCACGCUAGUCGAUAAUCUAGGCGAGCAUCGGGCCGGCUUCUGCUUUCUUGAUAUACCGGCGAAUCAGCUCCAGCUUACCCAUGCGCCGUUGCUCGCAGUCCAGACGACGCUGCCGGCGGGCAUGGCCCCUCUCCGCCAGGGUAAUCGCCGGGAGCCCGAACUGCUGCAGCUGAAGUGGCGGAAUACCUCGAUAACACCGCGGAACCUGUACUUACACCAGGGCAACGUGCUUUUCAUCACCGAGUACCAUAAGUCGCAGGUGCGCAUUCAGACUACGCAGCAUGUAGCCCGCUUUCUGUGCCCCUCAGUCAGCCGGCUGGUAGUGCUGUAUCUGCUGCGCGUCCGCCCCUUUCUUGUGCUGUUCUACCAGCAGCUGCGGAAGAACGGACAGCCGCGCUUACAUUACCGUCAAGUCCAGCCCAGCGCGAUAGAUGACUAUCUCUUCGCUUUACCUGGGGCAACGCCCCCCCGUUCCCAGGCCGGUAGGAUUACCGCCCUCAUGCGAGAGACCGCCCAGCCUUUCCUUUAUGGGCAAGAUAUUACUACCUGUAGCUACCGACAUAUCGCCAUUGCUAUUGCUAAAAAGUACCUCGCUUCGCAGGCAACGCCAGCUGAUUGGAGAAUCGCCACCGCGGCUCUCAGUAAUAUCCUGGCUGCGCAGGCAGGUCAUUAUAGCCACAUUAACGAACAGGUCUAUGCCGUGGACGUCAGCCAGCCAUUCGGCCUAACGCCGGGCCGGAUUGAGCAGUUCGCCGUAGCAUCCCGACUGUGGCACACCCUCGUCCUCCGCUCGGUGCCUUUCCGAGGUCUCUCAGACUGCGAGAGCCACACUCCGCCAGAGAUCUCCCUACCAUACCAGCCAAUACAAAAGCCCCGCGUUCUGUCGGGUCGGUUGACACAUGCGGUCCAAUCACUGCCCUGGGCCUUCCUACAACUCUACCCGGAAUGGCAGCUGCUGGUGUGCAUCACAUGUCAGACUGCCAUCUACCCUUCGCAGGUGCGCCAGCACAUCGAGCACCACACGAGCCAUGCCCUGCUGAGUGCGGCGGACCGCCAGACCAUCCAGUCCCUGGCGGUCCAGUCUCCUCUCGACGUCUGGCACCAUCUUCUGGCCCAGGAGCCCCCCGUCGCCCCCUUCCCGAGGCUGCCCCAAUGGGAGGCGUUGCCCUGUCAGUGGCCCGGCUGCCCGGCGCUGCGCCUCUCCCGUCGAGCCUUGCAGACACACAUCCGGGCCAAGCAUCCAUCAACUGAUCCGAGUGAGUUCCCGUCCCUGAUCGGUACCGCGGUACCUGCCCAGUCCCUGACCCGCGCGGGAGAAUAUAUCUUCCGGGUGCAGCGGGCCGCUGGAGAGGUGUCUGCCGACCAAGGGUCUCCCCAGCAAGCGGACCACCCGGGAACCAGAUACCCAGGCUGCGGCAUCUUCGUGGCCCGGCCUCAGGAGCCUACGACCGCGCUCAGCCAGCAGUAA